AUGCCAGAUCCAUUCGGUUCAUUCUCUUGGAUCUGUUCUCACACGGUCUUACCGCAAUGUAAUCUCUUAUUCUCCCAAAUAUGGAACGCCGAUCCACCAUCACUCACCAACCUAUUCCCAGACUCUUCAGAGUUCUUCACUAAUUACAACGUAACGGGUGAGAGCGCAAGGGAAGAUCCGGUCGUUCAGGUCGCUCGUUCAGAUGCUGGUGUAGGUGUGGGGAGUAACUGUGAAAUCGCCAGAGUGGGACAUAGGGGAUCACCAGGUGAUAUAGCUCUCAUCGUCCUUUCCGCCCUAUCACUCCUCCUCGCCAUCUCACUAUCAGUCCACGCCUCGAAGCGAAAAGCUGCUGUGGGACAUAUCGAACUUCGUUUCUUCCUUUUCCUAUACGGGGUCCAUUCUGCCCUGCAGAUCAUAACGAUGUCAUCCUUGUUGGAACAAGGUUCAACAGCUCUCUCGAUACUUAGCAGUAUACAUGUCGCCUUGAUCGCUAGUUUGUUUUGGAUUUUGCUGGGGAAUGCUAUUAUAGCGACGCAGGUGGUCGAAGACGGUACAGCAGCUGCCAUAGCACCAUUAUCGAUCCUUGCUAUCUUAUUCUUCAUACCUACCUUAUACAUCUCGUUGGAUACUUCUCUAGGAUGGACCAACGUAUUUGAAAUUUCGGGUGACGACGUAACGUACUUGAAGAAUAUUGCCUUAUUCAUAUUGACCUUGUUAUGGCCUGCCAUUGCUGUGGUCAUUUAUACAGUCUUGAUGUUAUAUAUCACCUUGAAUACUUUGAGGGAAACCAAACCUGCUCUAUUAUACCUAGGCGCUUUCAUCCUCUUCGCAGUUGGGCAAGUAGUAUUCUUCCUAGUCUCUCAGCCAUUAUGUGAUGCGUCAAAUGGAAAAGUGAACAGUUCAUUCCUCUCUACCCUAAUGGAAGCAGGAUCAGUAGGGUUGAUAUACCUCGCUUGGAAGAGUAUAACGGAAGAUGAUUGGGGAGAAGAUGUUUAUGGAGCAUAUCACUAG